CAGGCUGCUGUGGCGGCUCACUCAACCAGCUCAGCUGGGGGCAGGGACUUGGAUAUUCCAUCUGGGGGUCACCAACUGAGACGGUGAACGACUUAGCCAACAACGUUAUUACCUGCAUAUAUAAGACCGUGCUGCGGAUUACCGUUAGCUCUCGGUGCAACCUCGCGCUCGACUCGAUCCGCAGGAGACACUCACACGGUCCGAGCUCCAACCAUGGCUGCGAACAAGAGCGUCGACCGCCUCAAGAGGUUCUUGGGUAUUGAUCCCGAGCAGUACCGCCAUGACGACUCCGUCUUUCACGACGAUGGUUCCUACAUCGAGGAGGAGCCUUCCGUCAAGGACGCCCUGCUGGAUCUCGUCCCAACCGUGCGCGGAACCCUCAGUUACCUCCGAGAGCUGUUCCCCUUUGUGAAUUGGAUCUUCCACUACAAUCUGACAUGGUUGUUGGGAGAUUUCAUUGCCGGCGUCACGGUUGGAUUUGUCGUCGUGCCCCAGGCCAUGGGCUAUGCCCUGCUCGCCAAUCUACCGCCCGAAUAUGGUCUCUACACGUCCUUCGUCGGUUUUCUGCUGUACUGGGCAUUUGCAACGUCCAAGGAUAUCACCAUUGGCGCCGUCGCGGUCAUGUCAACUAUCGUCGGCAAUAUCGUCAUCGACACGCAGAAGACGCACCCCGACCUCGCUGCUGAGACCAUCGCCCGGAGCCUGGCGCUCAUUUCCGGCGCGGUCCUCCUGUUUUUAGGCCUGAUCCGAUUCGGCUUCAUCGUCGAGUUCAUCCCCCUGGUUGCCAUCGGCUCCUUCAUGACCGGCUCCGCCCUCAACAUUGCUGCUGGCCAAGUCCCCGGCCUCAUGGGCAUCUCCGGAGUCAACACUCGCGAUGCGACCUACCUCGUCAUCAUCAAUACGCUCAAGUCCCUACCGAAGACCAAACUCGACGCGGCCAUGGGGCUAACCGCCUUGUUCGGUCUCUACUUCAUCCGCUGGUUCUGCAAUUUCAUGGGCCGAAAGUAUCCUCACCGCGCGAAGACGUGGUUCUUUAUCUCAACUCUCCGCAUGGCCUUCGUCGUUAUCCUCUACAUACUCGUCAGCUGGUUGGUCAACAGGCACGUCGCCAAGGCAUCCAACGCCAAGUUCAAGAUCCUUGGGACUGUUCCAAGCGGCUUUCAGCAUACUGGCGCACCGCAAAUCAACGUCGAGGUUCUCCAGAUCCUUGGGCCCCAUAUCCCCACCACCAUCUUGGUGCUCCUGAUCGAGCACAUUGCCAUCUCAAAGUCGUUCGGCCGCGUCAACAACUACAUCAUCAACCCUUCUCAAGAACUCGUUGCUAUCGGCUUCACGAAUCUCUUUGGGCCCUUCCUCGGCGGGUACCCGGCUACGGGUUCGUUCUCCCGAACAGCCAUCAAGGCUAAGGCCGGCGUUCGGACGCCCCUCGCCGGCAUCUUCACUGCAAUCCUCGUGCUCCUGGCCCUGUACGCGUUGACAUCUGUUUUCUUCUACAUCCCCUCCGCCGGCCUUUCUGCCAUUAUCAUCCACGCCGUCGGCGAUCUCAUCACUCCACCGCGGGAAGUGUACAAGUACUGGAAGACCUCACCGGUCGAUGUGGUUAUCUUUUUCGCCGGUGUCUUUGUCUCCGUCUUCACCACCAUUGAGAACGGCAUCUACGUCACUGUCGGGGCGUCGGGAGGCCUGCUGCUCUUCCGUGUCGCCAAGAGCCCAGGGAAGUUCCUGGGUAAGGUGACCACGCAGCCCGUACCGCGGGAUAGCGUGCGCGGCGGCGCGGGCCUCAGUCUGGACAGCCCAGACAACGAGAGCUCUCACGCGGCAUUCAUCGACCUCUACCGGGGUGACUUGUCCAAUCCCCAAGUCCCCAUCAAGUCUCCCUAUCCUGGCGUCUUCAUCUACCGCUUCGGCGAGGGCCUUAACUACCUCAACUCCGCUCGCCACCUCGACAUCCUCACCAUCCACAUCUUCAAGCACACCCGCCGCACCCAACUGAACAAGUACGACAAGAUCGGCGUAAGUCCCAGCACUUCACUCUUUCUCUCUCUUUCUCCCCCUUUAUCACCUUCCCCUCCAACGAAGUCCAAGCUGCCCCAAACUAACCCAGCCCGAACAGGACCGCCCGUGGAACGACCCGGGCCCGCGCCGCGGCAAGGCAGCCAACAACGACGAGAUCGCGGCGCGGCCGACGCUGCGCGCCGUCAUCCUCGACUUCACCGCCGUCAACGCGCUGGACGUGACGGCCGCGCAGGCGCUGAUCGACCUGCGCAACCAGUUCGACCGCUACGCCGACCCGGACCGCGUCGAGUGGCACUUCGCCGGCGUCACCAACCGCUGGACCAAGCGCGCCCUGGUGGCCUCGGGCUUCGGCUUCGACCGUUCCCGCGCCGGCGCCGGCGCCGGCCCCGCCUCCGGCGGCUCCGACAAGGGCGCCGGUCGCCCGUCGGAGGAGCCGCUAAUCGCUGCUGCCGAGACGGGCGCCAGCUCGCGCGACCCCAAGGCCGAGGCCCGCGUCAGGACUAGGGAGGUGGAUAUCGAGGCUGCG